CGCCGUGACGCCAUCGUCGCUAUAAAUGGCGCGGCUCGCAAGCGCCGCUCCUCACAGCGCGUCGGCGAGGCGAAGCGGAGCGGGUUCCUGCGUCAACAGUGCUUGGACGGAACCGGCGACGCUCGGGCCCGCCGCCCCCCACCAUCACCACCACCGCUACCACCUUCACCGUCGUUUACACCCACCGACUCGCCCUCUUCAGGCAUCGCCAUGGCAGCUCCCCCUUCACAGGUGCGCCAGAACUACCACCAGGACUGCGAGGCCGCCAUCAACCGGCAGAUCAACCUGGAGCUGUACGCUUCCUACGUGUACCUCAGCAUGUCCUACUAUUUUGACCGGGAUGAUGUGGCUCUGAAAAACUUUGCCAAGUACUUCAGGCAUCAGUCCCACGAGGAACGUGAGCAUGCUGAGAAACUGAUGAAGCUACAAAAUCAGAGGGGUGGACGCAUCUUCUUGCAGGACAUCAAGAAACCAGAUCGGGAUGACUGGGAGAAUGGUCUGACUGCAAUGGAGUGUGCCCUCCACCUGGAGAAGAACGUGAACCAGUCACUGUUGGAGCUGCACAAACUGGCAACUGAGAAGAACGACCCACAUUUGUGUGACUUCAUUGAGACUCACUACCUGGAUGAGCAGGUGAAGUCCAUCAAACAGCUGGGUGACCAUGUGACCAACCUGCGGAAGAUGGGGGCACCAAAAUAUGGCAUGGCAGAGUACCUCUUUGACAAGCACACCCUUGGGGACAGUGACAAUGACAGCUGAAGUCUUGCCCAGGGCCAUACUGUGGGGUUUCAGUGGGACUCCCAACUUUACUGUCCAGCCAUGCAUGCAUCUUCAGCUAUCUAGUUAAACAGUUCUUAUUCUCUGUACCAAAUACCACCCCUAUUUUCUCUUGUGUUUUGUGUAUUGCCCUCCAUCCAAUAAAGUGACUUGGUUCAAGUUG